AUGGGUAGACGAAUCAACUACUCGAAACGUCGAACCUCCAUUAAACGCCUUCCGGCGAACGCCUCUGCUUCCUUUAAUUUGCCACCUGGGAAUCGCAUUUUCACUACUAUUGGCCUACAGCGUCGCCUACUAGGUCCUCUGAGCAAGGCUGGAGUCAGUUCAGACAAGGUCACGUGGGGCCGACAACCGACGACCCCGGAGAAAAGAGGAGGUGCCGACCGUAAGCCACGUGACCGGCGUGACACACUGUCUCACCGACACACCCCAGAGGCCGACAACACCACGCUGGCGCAGCAACGGCCGACCACUCCGCCCUCAGACGAGGGGGAGGCCGACAAGCCCGCUGGCUGA